GUGCCGCCCGGGAGGAGCGCCCUGCUUCCAUCUCGUGCUCUCGCUUCCCGGAAAAGGGGGAGGGGGUUUGUCGGGCGGCGCCCACUGAUCUCGCGGCGCUGAGGGCGUGCGGGUCCCAUCACCCUCUCCCUUGCCUUCCACCAGUACCUUGCACUAAAGUCGCGGAGGGUGGGGGGUGGCAUGGGCGCUCAGUGAAAGGGAGAGUCUCUUCGCCGCUCGGUUGCGCUGCGUGAGCUGGAACAGAGCUGGCUUUCAGCUCCGCGCUCUUGAAUAGUCCUGCCGGUAGAAGAGAGGAUUUCCCUCUGGCGUUUUCCAGAAUCCCUGCGGAUUUGCGCUUCACCGCCCUCUGCGCACAUGACAACUGCAUAGCAAGCAGGAAUACCUCAGAGCUAUCUUUUCCCCAGGAACUCUCCUGAAGGAGCCAGCGGAAAAGUAUAGAGGACAGUUGCAUGGACACAGCCCUUCUUGAACAGAACUAAUAUUGAAAAAGUCUGUACCGCUCUUGAGAAAAGCCAAGUCCCUGAACGAAGUUCGGCCUGGCCCCCGCAGUGCCCGACCUGAGCGGGGAAGGAAGGACGCGGGCGCCUUCUGCCCUCAGAAGAUGGCGGAGAGCACCAGCGCCGCCACGACCCCUUCGGGCGGGCCCGGGGCCAAAGGCUCCUCGGGCCCCUGGUGGAAAUCGCUGACCAACAGAAAGAAGUGCAAAGAAACCCUGCCGGCUACUUCGGGAGCGCCCCGGCCGCCGGCGGAGACCUCCGAGCAACUCUUCGCCCCACCCCACCCCUCAGACUCUCGUGAGAACCAGCCACCUGUCGCGGGCAGCGGCAGCCGCCGGAAUCUCAAGAUUUCCCACUCGGGCCGCUUCAAAGAGAAGCGGAAACCUCGCGCCACCCUGCUGGUCGACAGCCCGCAAAAGCUGUUGGAAGGUGGGGGCGGAGGCGGCGCUGCCUCCGGUAGCUCCGCGCCUGCGCGACCCAGCGAAGAGACUCGGUGCCAAUACCCGGCGCUCUCCCGCCCAGCCCUGGUUGACUGCCACUUGCUGGGGGGAGGAGAGGAGCAGGGCCUGCUUUACCCGGGAGCUGCUGCUUGGUUCGUUCCGCUGCUCGGAGGACGGCGCAGGCCCCUUUUCCUCGCCCUCCCUCCAGCCCGGAAUUGGUUUUGCUCCGUGGACAGGGAGGCUCGGCGCUGCUGAGGUAUUUAUUCCCAAAGUAGUUUGGAAAGCGUCCCCUCUUGCCGGCGGAGCGGAGGGUUCUCCAUCUUAGUCGGAGACUUGCCCUUCUCUUUCACGGAGCCCGUCUCGUGGGCGACAGGAUGGUGUAAGGCGAGACCAGCGAAUGACACAAUGGAGCAUACAGGCGUCGGUCCCAGUUCUUGUGGUUACAGUCUCAUGAAAUUAAAGCGUACAGGGGGCAAUAUGCCCUAUGAAAUUG